AUGAUGUCAAAACCUUCAAUUUAUGACGCACCAAAGUCAGAGUUAAUCGUCACAGAAAGUUCAAACAAAUUGGUCGAUUUGAUUGCUCAGUCGAGACUAUUCUUAACUGAUAAGUUUUCUACUACAACUGACUGUAUUGCUUCUGGAAGGGACAAAGUCAUAAACUUGGAAAAAUCAACGAAAUCCCAAUUCAAUCAAAUUAUCGAUAAAAAUGAACAAUUCUCUCCAAAUAUCUUUUAUAUCGCCGUCGCAGGUCUCGGUGGUUCAAUUUUAGCUAGAAACUCAAACUUCUUGUUCAGAUUGAGUCUUCCACCUACGAUUGCAUUAGCAACCUCAUACCAGCUACUUCCACAAUCAACUAAUAAUGUAUUCAGCAAAAUUGGUAGCCUUGAACAGUCUAAUUUCCCUGAAUUACAUCAACAAAGGUUAGAAUUGAGGAACUCAAUCAAUAGCAGCCUCCAAGACACUAAGAACAACUUCAAAGAUCUCACAGAUGGUUUCAAUUCAACUGUAAACAAAGGCGCUCAUCAAAUUCAAGAGUUAACCGGAUUUAGACUUGGUAACUAAGAAAAUGCAUUUUGAAAUUAGAAUAUUACAUUUGAUAAUGUGCUUAGUUUUACUUGGUUUGCUGUCUCCAAUUCAGCUUCCCAUAUUAUCCUUAUCGUCUCAUUUGCUGACUUUUCGAUAGCUUCAGACGAUCUUUUAGAGACUAGCUCGCAUACUUUAACCAGUUCUUCCCUCAUCUUCCCCUCAUUCUCUUCACUAACACUUUCUUGCUCAUAUCUCAGCGUCUUUCGCCAUUCUUCUAUUUGAUUUUCUUCCAAGCAAAUCAACCGAAGAGCAGAUAGCGUCCUUUGUGAUGGAUAUGCUGGUGAUGGAUAUAAGUGGAGUGUAUAAUCAUCCCAUAGUCCGUUAGAUUCUAACUCAUCCUUUCUCCAAUCCGUCGUUACCAUUGAAAUGAUCAAUUCGCUAAUGUUACACUCAGUAAACGCAUUCUUUUCCCAUCCUAGGCAAAAACCAUACUCAGCCAACAACGAUGAGUCUGAAUGUGGUCCAUACAUGAAGAAAACCUCGCUAUCUUUCUCGACAACUUGAUCAGAUUGGUUUAUGAGUUCAUAACCACCCUCUUGAGGAAUUUGUGGCUUAGGUAGGCUACUAAAUAGAUUUUCUGUAUUUGGUGAAGGUGAAUUAUGAUUGAGAAGGUCCAAAUAAGGACAUAAAGCUAGUUGAGAUUCUUUCGGAACGUCUUUUACUGGAUACCAAAGACAACGUGUGUUAACAAUCAACCAAGACCAUAAGAAUACACUUUUGUAUUCUUUCUGGAGAUGCUCAGAGGCUCCAGACUCUUCAAAAUUGUUUUCAAACAGCUCGUAAUCGUUAAGAUAACGCUUUUUGACAUCAUUUAUGAGCUUUUGAGAGUAAUUUGGUAGACUAGUCAAGCUAUCAGUAUCCCAAUAGAGUGGAUGGAAAUUUAAAUCUUUUGGUAGACUAUCUAGAUACGUCCGUUCAAAUUGACUGAAUUGUCCAUCAGAUAGCUUGAGUUUAGAGAGGUGUAUAGAUAGUAUUUGAGUAGCGUUUAGUUUAUUAAGUAAAGACUUUGAAUAUCUUCCUGUAAUAUAUAUUGAUCGACAAUGUAACAAACAAGUAUGAGGAAUUCUCAAGUAUAAACAACCUUUAUUGAUAUAAUUACGCGUUUUUAAACUAAAACCAGCAUCUUUCGUUAAAGUAGAGUAUAAUUCAACAUUUGC